AUGCUCCGUAGCCACACUGUAUGUUCUCCGCUGGAGCCACCGGUGGUCGGAUUUUCAACCCCUAAGUCCCAGCCUUGUGUGGGAAACACAGGUAGUGUGAGUGGUGUGAGUGAUGUGAGUGGUACAAAUGGUGCUGAUGUUGCUGAUGGUAUGGUUGUUGCUGGUCCAAUGGAUGGUGUAGCUGCUGCAGCUGCCAAUGUGGGUAGUAGGAAUGGCUUGGAUACCCCAGUAAAUGUCUCUGCCGGUGUGGCUGCCAAUGUGGGGAGUGGGAAUGGGGUGGAUAUUGCCGUGACGCCUACUGCCUGUGUUGCUGGUGACGCUGAUGGUGCUAAACCUGUUAUUGAUGUGGAUGGUAUGGCUGGUGUGGCUGGUGUUGCUGGUGUUUCUGGUGCUGCUAUUGUUGCUGGUCUUUCUGGUAUUGCUGCCGCGCCUGGGGUGGCUGGGCUGACAUCCUCUCCAGACUGCUCUCCCGAACCAAUCUCGACCAUCCCUCGGCGCAGGCAAGUACGCGCAGGAGCUGCACAAACGACUAGAGAAGCAGCCUUGGAUGCGCGCCAGGAGGCCCAGAGAAGGGGUGUUUCAGCAGAGGCGGAUGGGGGGGCAGCAGAGGUUGUUGCUGGAUGA